UUCACCCGCGCCCAGCGGUCCCGGGCGGCGGCACAAGGCGGAAGCCAUGGCGGAGGCGGUGGCUGCGGCUGCGGCGGGCGGGACGGGCGCGGGCGCGGGCUCCGGUUCUGCAGUGGACAGGGAGCGGGACCGCGCCGGGCGGAGGCUGCGGGUUCUUUCGGGCCAUCUGCUGGGCCGGCCCCAGGAGGCUUUGAGUACCAAUGAGUGCAAAGCGCGGAGAGCGGCAGCGGCGGCGGCCGCCACGGCGGCGCCCACUGCCACUCCCGCCGCGCAGGAGUCGGGCACCAUCCCCAAGAAGCGGCAAGAAGUUAUGAAAUGGAAUGGAUGGGGAUAUAAUGAUUCCAGGUUCUUCUUCAAUAAGAAAGGACAAGUUGAGUUGACUGGGAAAAGGUACCCUCUUAGUGGCAUGAUUUUGCCAACUUUUAAAGAGUGGAUCCAAAAUACCCUUGGAGUAAGUCUGGAGCAUAAAACUACCUCUAAAGCAUCCUUAAAUCCUAGUGAUACACCUCCUUCUAUUGUAAAUGAAGAUUUUCUUCAUGACCUUAAAGAAAUUAAUAUUUCAUAUUCACAAGAAGCAGAUGAUCGAGUAUUUAGAGCUCAUGGUCAUUGUCUUCAUGAGAUAUUUUUGCUCAGGGAAGGAAUGUUUCAGCGAAUUCCUGAUAUAGUUUUAUGGCCAACGUGUCAUGAUGAUGUAGUUAAGAUUGUGAAUCUAGCGUGCAAAUAUAACCUUUGUAUCAUACCAAUUGGUGGAGGAACAAGUGUUUCAUAUGGCCUCAUGUGUCCUGCAGAUGAGACAAGAACAAUAAUUUCUUUGGACACUUCACAAAUGAAUCGAAUCCUCUGGGUUGAUGAGAACAAUCUGACAGCUCAUGUAGAGGCUGGCAUAACAGGACAAGAGUUGGAAAGACAGCUUAAAGAAAGUGGUUAUUGUACAGGUCAUGAACCAGAUUCCCUGGAAUUCAGCACUGUGGGAGGAUGGGUAUCUACUCGGGCAUCAGGCAUGAAAAAGAAUAUCUAUGGCAAUAUUGAGGACUUGGUGGUUCAUAUAAAAAUGGUAACACCUAGAGGUAUAAUAGAAAAAAGCUGUCAAGGACCUCGAAUGUCAACAGGCCCUGAUAUCCAUCACUUCAUCAUGGGAUCUGAAGGAACUCUUGGUGUGAUAACAGAAGCUACAAUAAAAAUCAGACCAAUCCCUGAAUACCAAAAGUAUGGCUCAGUAGCUUUCCCUAAUUUUGAACGAGGAGUAGCCUGUUUAAGAGAAAUUGCAAAACAGAGAUGUGCUCCUGCAUCUAUUCGCCUCAUGGACAACCAGCAGUUUCAGUUUGGUCAUGCUCUUAAACCUCAGGUUUCCUCUAUUUUUACAUCAUUUUUGGAUGGAUUAAAAAAGUUUUAUAUUACAAAGUUUAAAGGAUUUGAUCCAAAUCAGCUAAGUGUCGCUACAUUACUGUUUGAGGGGGACCGUGAGAAGGUUCUUCAACAUGAAAAACAAGUGUAUGACAUUGCUUCAAAAUUUGGCGGAUUGGCAGCUGGAGAAGAUAAUGGACAGAGAGGUUAUUUGCUGACCUAUGUCAUUGCAUACAUUCGAGACUUGGGUUUGGAAUACUAUGUAUUAGGGGAAUCUUUUGAGACUUCUGCUCCUUGGGACAGGGUUGUAGAUCUCUGUAGAAAUGUAAAAGAAAGAAUAACAAGGGAAUGCAAAGAGAAAGGUGUUCAGUUUGCUCCUCUUGCUACAUGCAGGGUGACUCAGACUUAUGAUGCAGGUGCAUGUAUCUAUUUCUACUUUGCCUUUAACUACAGGGGAAUCAGUGACCCACUGACUGUGUUUGAACAAACUGAGGCAGCUGCUAGAGAAGAAAUCCUCGCUAACGGAGGGAGCCUGUCGCAUCACCAUGGAGUGGGCAAGUUACGGAAGCAGUGGCUAAAGGAAAGUAUCUCUGAUGUCGGCUUUGGGAUGCUGAAGUCUGUCAAGGAAUAUGUGGACCCCAAUAACAUCUUUGGAAACAGAAACCUUUUAUAAAUCCAUUACUAUUGUUAAGAAAAAUGUCACUUUUUUUUUAAGUCUUUAACUAUGGUUAUACCAGUAAUCAGAUAUAUCAUGGACUUUAUUUCAGCUACCUUUGUUUGUUGGUUUAAAAUAAGUUUGUUUCAUUCUGUAGUUUGUUUUGUUUCUACAUCUAUGGAUUGACAGAUGGUAUUCCUAAAUCUCUCUCAUUGUAGGUGUAUCAGUUUACAGCCAACUGGUUGUCAUUUCAAAUUUCAGUCAGGCAGCACAAGGCUGCCAGUGGUUAAUUUCAGAAGAUGCUGCCAGCUGUUUUGUAUUGAUGCUUCUUCUUAGGAACAAAGCCAGAUUUUGGUGUCAUCUAUUGUUUCUCUAGUCUCUUUUUUAAAAGGACGUUUCUGGGAAGCAGCUAUCUAGGGAAGGAUUCCACUGAGGAGUGAUAUACAUGUGUGUUUUUUUAAGAGUGCAUUCUAGUGUGAAUAGGUCAUUAAGGGAGAAUACCCAUGAAAGAAUAUAGGCAACCUCUUAUUUAGGAUGCCUUCAGUUCUGUAAGGUGCUUGGCCUACAUUUUUCUUUGAAAUUAGUAUACAGUUAUAAAACCUUAAAUCAUUAGUAUGCUUUAUUCUGUCGGGACAUGUUUUUGUUCUCCAUGUUUCUGUUUCUACUGAGGUAUGAGUUGUAUUUGUAUCACUGAGAUAACAUAUUGUUAUAUCCUAAUUCAUUCAUAAUAUGUUUUAUAAGAAAAGCUGACUUAUCACUCAUUGUACGUGAAGAACAGGUUUACCAUGAAAGGAAUGUCUUUAUUCAACUUACAGUUCUAAUGUUUCUCAUUUCACAUUCUUGUUGCUGAGAUGCAGAAGAAGCUACAACAGGAGCAGAAGAGGGAAGACUUCUUACACUGAAUGUCUCCAGUUCAAAGAACUGUUUCGGCUAAAGAAACACAGUCAUCAUUCAGCUACUGAAUUUGAAAACCUCAACAGUUUCAAUGACAAAAAACCUUUUUAAAAAAAAUUAACCCAAACAACAUGAUAAAUUUCCAUAUAAAAGUAAAGUUUCAAUUUAGUUUUUAAUAAUGGUUUAAUGUCUUUUUUGAAUUACUGGUUUAACCUAAAUUAAAAAAAAUAAUGUAUUAAUACACAUACCAUAAUCAAAAGUUUGAAAUAUCAUAUUUCUUAAACAAUAGGGAGAACGUUAACCACAUUUAGCAAACAUUUUUACAUUCAAACCUGGAUAUUAAAAUAAAUGAAAUGAUUACUUUGAGUCACUGUCUGUCAAGGUUCAUGGUUCACAUUUUGAGACAGAUUCUUUUCUUAAUGCAAUACCUAACUUUUGAUAAUUUUUUUAGAAUUAAUAUUUGAUCAGCUAAUAUGAGUCAAAAUGCAGACUAUCCUUUAGAAGGACACACUGUCUAUGUAGCAACAGCUCCAAAGUAUUUUUGGGCAGUUUGAUACCUUUUAUAUCUGAAGUAGCCUUAACCAGAAAAUCUAAAAUUGAUUCACAAAAUGAUAUUUUUAAGACUUCAAAAUGAUGAAUAAUUUUUAACAAAUAAAAUUGGCCUCAAACUAAUAAACUUAAAAUCUGUAAGCAAAUCAAAAUGAAACAUUAGUUUAACAACAAAAACUAAAUAUUUAUUUAUUAGAAGCUGCCUCUCUUCAUUGGUGAUUUAUUUUUAAUUAUAAAAUUUCCAGCAGAUCUUUACUUCAAGCCCUUGAUAUUUGAAAUAGUUGGAUACUUGAUGAGGAAAUUACACUUCUAGAAUUAUAAAAAUCUCAGCUUUAUGAAAUGCAUCUAUUCAUGAAAGUAAUUUCUCUAAUUGGUGAUCAAAAUGUAAAAUUUAAUACGAUACUAAUAUCUCACUGGAGUGUAUACAUGUUUCUGAGUAAUUUUUUAAAAAUAAAACUGACAGAUUCAUAAGCAGAUCCAUUCCUUUGCACGUGAUUGUUAUAACAUUCUUUCCUAGGGAGUUCAGUUUUCAAUAACCUCAGAAUUAGGAAAUGUAACACCUGAAAUUGUUCACUAUUCUACAUGAACCUUAUAGAAAUUAGUGAUUUAUGCGUUUGUUUUCUUCCAUGCAUGCAUGCCUCUCCAACCUUGAUUUUGUAGUGAUGACUACAUUUUGUACUUAGAAUCAUUUCUACAGGGAUCAUUUUGAAACACAUAAACACUCAUCAGUACUGUUUCACUCUGAUUUAGUAAAUCAGAAAGGCUUUCCCUGCUCCACGCACCCACCUCUGAGAGGUGCCUCAGCUGCAUAACUGCAUAACACCAAUUUGUCUUUCUUAAAUUAGUCAUAUUUCUAAUAUUUUAUUUGAUGAUGUCACAUUCGGGUUGACAUUUUAGUGGGAAUGGGAACUUGCUGCUAGUGAGAAAUGGCAUUGAAUACUAGAGUCAGUAUGAACAGGCUUUAUUGACCCCUAGAGAAACAGCUGCCUUAAUGUUUGGUGCACUUUACAGUAUAUAAGUGAGUUUAUUAGUGUUAUGCUAAGUAACAUGAGCUUUUUUAGUUUAGUAAGAAUUGCAGAAGCCACAUGUUUAUUGUACCCAGCAUUUUACCACAAAGAAAGAGGAUUAAAUUCUUUCCUCUCUUGAGGAAUUGGGAGUUUUCUUCCUAAAUGCUUACAUACUAUAGUACUCUUACUUAAAAGCUGUUUAUGAAGCUGGAAGCAUUCUAGUAUACAUAGCUGUGUUGAUGUAUUUUGGAAAACAAAAACUCAGUGAAGGAUGAACUUCCAUCAGUGUGUGUAUUAAACCAGAUACAGAUGGUUGCAAGAAAACCUUUUUCAGAAUAUUCUCUUAGUAACUGCUGAGUCCUAGCUUGCAGUUUUGAAAAUGACUUUUGCAUGUUGGCUUCAGAGGUUUUCCAUUGUCAUAUUCUUUUAUAGCUGCAACUUCUUAACUAUAGCUGCUCAGAGAAGUCCUGUGGUCCCAAGCUGAAGUCUGUAACCUUGGCUGUUCAAAUGGGCUGAGUUUGGUUGAACAUCUAUUCUAUGUAAACGUAGAAUGCAAACAUUUAUUAUGCAUUGAUGCACAAACUGCACAUGCUGGUGCUUGAAGCAGCCAAGGUGGAAUUCUGUGGAAAGCAUAUCUACAUUUUAAGAAGCACUGAGACAGGAGUUAAGGACAUCUUUAAUAGCUUUUUGUUACCACUUAAUCUUUGGUGAUUUCGAUUUUAAUUAGGGUUUAGCUCGUGGUGGGAGAAAAGCCGAAAAUAACAAGUGCCAGGAUAGGAUUGAAGAAUCCAGAAUCACCUUUGGCUUUAUGAAAGCUUACCUUUGCCCAAGGCUUCACGUUCCCAAAUGAGCCACCUGUCAAUAUAUACAUUUAAUCCUCAUUAAUUUCAUAUAGUACAUUGAUGCGGAAAUCCAGAAGGUGUAAAAGAUUGUUUUAAACUAUUGAAAUACAGUGUGUAACAUGAAGGAUGUAAGUUACUCAGCUUUCUGCUCCCUAAAGCAAACAGUGUUUGUCUUAGUGUGAAAUUUAACUGUAAAAACUACCUGUAAUGUCAACAGAUUAUAGAAACUUAUAUUAUUAAUAAAAUGGACCUGGGUUUAAGAGAUUUUUUUCUUCAGACGGGGUGUGAAGCUGUUCAUUCUUCUGUUUGCGUCUGGGUUUGUCUUUCGAUUUUAGUUUUUCAUCUUCAUAUUUCCCCUGAUUUG